UGCGGCUUGGUAGCCUCCUUAUAAAAAUCAGAAGCCGAAGGCUGCAUUCUUCUGCUGUUUGUGAGACCGCCGUGCAGACUUUCUUGACCAAAACUCGUCUUUACCAUGUCUUUUGUACAAGAGUUUCUACGACAGGCCUUAUAUCUGGAUGACCACUCUGAACAGGCAACUCAAAAAACUAGCGGAGGUCUUAAAGGGGCUCCAACUUAUGACGCUGCUGCUGAUGCUUCUGCCUUAGACAAGGCCAUGAAAACUAAAGGUGUCGAUGAAGCAACAAUAACUAGUAUUUUGACAAAAAGAAAUAAUGCUCAGCGCCAGGCCAUUAAGACGGCAUACCAGAGCUCCACUGGAAAGUCUCUGGAGGACGCUUUGAAGAGUGCCCUCUCUGGUAACUAUGAGAUGACUGUACUGGCUCUACUGAAAACCCCAGCAGAAUAUGAUGCUCAGCAACUUAAAUAUGCCACCAAGGGGCUGGGAACUAAUGAGGACAUUCUUAUUGAAAUCUUAGCAUCAAGAACAAACAAGGAGCUCAGAGAUAUAAACAGGGUUUACAAAGAACUAUACAAGAAUGAUCUGUCAAAGGAUAUAACCUCAGAUACCUCUGGAGAUUUCCAGAAAGCAUUGCUUGCACUUGCAAAGGGGGACCGCAGUGAAGAUGCUCGUGUAAAUGAUGAACUUGUGGAUAAUGAUGCCAGGGCCUUGUAUGAAGCAGGUGAAAAAAGAAAAGGAACAGAUGUUCCAGUGCUCAUCAACAUCCUCACGUUACGCAGUUAUUCCCACCUGCAGAGAGUGUUUCAAAGAUACAGGAGCUACAGUAAGCAUGAUGUGAACAAGGCAUUGGAUCUGGAGUUGAAAGGAGACAUUGAAAACUGUCUUACGGCCAUUGUGAAAUGUGCCGCCAGCAGAGCUGCUUUCUUUGCUGAAAAACUCUACUUGUCAAUGAAGGGCUCUGGAACUCGGGACAAAGAUUUAAUUCGAAUUAUGGUUUCCCGUUCAGAAAUAGACAUGAAUGAAAUCAAGGCUAGUUACAAGGCAAUGUAUGGAAAAACAUUGCCUCAGGCAAUUUUGGAUGACACCAAAGGAGAUUAUGAGACCAUCUUGGUGGCUCUGAGUGGAGAUCAUUAAACAAGAUCUGAUCACAAUCUUGAAGAUAUUUGCUUAAGCCAUGGCAGACAACUAUAAGCAGCAUCAAUAUCUCAAUGCAAUAUGACAUUCCAUUGCAAAUGUUUUGCAUAUCGUGUUUUAGAACAUGGUUUUAUUAUACAUGCUACCUUCAAAUCAUGUUACUCUUUGUCAAUUUCCAAUUUCAAAUAUUUGUGAACAUAUAUACACAUUAAAGUUCAUAUAAAAAAAGUGA